GUGACCAGAUUAAUCGGUGACUGACGAUUUUUCUCCAAUCUUUCCAUCAUCAAAUGAGAUAAUACUUGGAGAAUGCGCGUUAAAAAUGCAUUUAAAUUGUUUAUAUUGUGUUUUGUCCUCAUAUUUUUUGCUAUUUUUAUUGCGAUGAUGCUGUACGGCGGAGAGAAUUAUGAUGGAGAUAACCAUGUCUUUCAACCACAUUAUGAUGACCCAGAAGAUUUAAAUCCAGAUGAGGAGAAAAAGAAAUCAGAGGAGAAAAUAACGGAGCCAAUCAUUCUUUGGUGGACUCCAUUUACUGGGGAACCUGGAAGGUACAAGAAGUGUGGAAAUGUUAAGUGUUACUUCACAGUUAACAGGCACUACAGGAAUAACCCACAGACAAAAGUGUUCAUGUUUUAUGGAACAGACUUUAAAUACUUUGACUUACCACUGCCAAGGAAACCCCACCAUGAAUGGGCCCUCCUUCAUGAGGAAUCUCCCAAAAAUAACUUCUUGUUCUCCUUUGAGGAGGUUAUGACCUUGUUCAAUCACACCUGCACAUUUAGGAGAGAGUCGGACUACCCAAUCACCACCCAGUAUAUAGACAGUGUUGCCUGGUUGUUCAGCUCCAUGUUUCUUCUGUCUGCCAAAGAGAAGACAGAACAAUCCAGGGCUCUACACCUGGCCCCGAUGAUCUAUGCACACAGUGACUGUGGUACACCCUCUGACAGGGAUGGCUUUGUAUAUAAACUGAUGAACCACAUCAAGAUUGAUUCUUAUGGCUCCUGUCUACAUAACAAAAAAUUACCUGAUCAUCUGAGGGAUCCAUUAAAAGGAAUGUUUCAUGAUGAUUUCUACAAACUUAUUGCUAAGUAUAAAUUUGCCGCUGCGAUGGAGAAUGGUAUUUGUAAUGACUACGUGACAGAGAAGUUGUGGCGGCCAUUGUUUGUGGGAACUAUUCCUAUUGUCAUUGGUUCACCACGGAUCAAGGAUUUGCUUCCCUCCAAUAAAUCUGCCAUUAUUGUGGAUGACUUUGAUUCGAUAGAGGAUCUGGCUAAAUACCUUAAAUUCUUAGAUGAAAAUGAUGAGGAAUAUGACAAAUAUAUGGAAUGGAAGAAAACAGGAAUAAAAAAUCAGUAUUUAUUAAAAAUUCUUAAAGAGAGAGAGUGGGCCAUUAAUGAUUACACCAGCAACGAUGCAAUAAACUUCAUUGAUGGAUUUGAGUGUUUUGUCUGUAAAAGAAUACAUGAAAAUAUACAACGUGAGAAAAAAGGCAAAGAAAAAUUAAAAUUUCAAGCAACUGUUGAUCAUUAUGGCUGUCCAGCUCCAUCAAAGUUCGAUGACAAUGGUAAAAGGACUUUGAAAAAUGAUGACUGGGGUUAUGAAUACCUCAACAGUAAAUAUUAUGCAAAAGCAUUAAGGUUUCAUUUAGAUAUGAAUAAAACUAUAGAUCGUAGUAGUAUAGCCAGCACUGCAAAUCGAUUCAGAGCAGCAGGGGAUCUUAGAUGACAAUAACUGUACAAUAUCAUCUUUGUCUUUUUAUUUAUAUUUGGUUCCUUCUUUUUGGAUGUAUUUUAAAUCAAAGAAAAAUUAUCAAAGAUUUGCUCAAAUAUUUUUUAGGUAUUUCAGAAACUUUUAUAAUUUGCUGUACAAAACUUUUAGUUUUUAUGUACAAAGAAACGUAUAUUGGCUGUAUAGAACUUUUUGUCCUCCAUGUAUAAUAAGAACAUGUACACACAUUAUAUAUUUAUACUUUUGAUCUGAGAUCAGAUUUCUAUAGAUAUGUAAUUUAUUUUUUUUCUUGUUUAAAAUGUUUACAUAUAUAUCCAAAAACUGUUAUUCAUUUAUAGCAUUUAUUUCUGCAAAAAGUACAUGUAGGAUGUUACAUUCCUAAAAUAUUAACAACUUUUUGUAUUAUCCUUAUCUGUUUGAAAGCAAUAUUUUUGUGCAUUGUACAAUAUUUGGCUUCUGCCUUUUUAGCUCACCUGAGCCGAAGGCUCAAGUGAGCUUUUCUGAUCAAAAUUUGUCCGUCGUUGUCGUCGUCGUCGUCGUUGUAAACUUUUCACAUUUUCAUCUUCUUCUCAAGAACCACUGGGCCAAUUUCAACCAAACUUGCUACAAAGUAUCCUUGGGUAAAGGGGAUUCAAGUUUGUUCAAAUGAGGGGUAACGCCCUUUACCAAGGGGAGAUAAUUAUGAAUUAGAGAAAAAUUAAUGGUGUUUUUUAAAAAUCUUCUCAAGAACCACUGGGCCAGGAAAGAUGAAACUCAUGUUGAAUCAUCCUCAGGUAGUGUAGAUUCAAGUUUGUUCAAAUCAUGACCCCCGGGGGAAGGGUGGGGCCAAUAUGGCUGAUCAAAGUUUUACAUAGGAGUAUAUAGGAAAAAUCUUUAAAAAUCAUCUUCUAAAGAACCACUGGGCCAGGAAAGAUGAAACUCAUGUGGAAUCAUCCUCAGGUAGUGUAGAUUCAAGUUGUUCCAAAUCAUGUCCCCUGGGGGUAGGGUGGGGCCAAUAUGGCCGAUCAAAGUUUUACAUAGAAGUAUAUAGGAAAAAUCUUUAAAAAUCUUCUUCUCAAGAACCAAUAGGCCAGGAAAGAUGAAAGUCAGGUGGAAUCAUCCUCAGGUAGUGUAGAUUCAAGUUUGUUCAAAUCAUGACCCCCGGGGUAGGGCGGGGCCACAAUAGGGAAUCCAGGUUUAACAUAGGAAUAUAUAGGAAAAAUCUUUAAUAAUCUUCUUCUAAAGAUGCAUAGAAACAGGAAAGAUGAAACUCAUGUGGAAUCAUCCUCAGGUAGUGUUGAUUCAAGUGGGUUCAAAUCAUGACCCUUGGGAGUAGGGUGGGGCGAAUAUGGCUGAUUAAAGUUUUACAUAGGAAUAUAUAGGGAAACCUUUUAAAAUCUUCUUUUCAAGUACUUCAAAGCCAUGAUUAGUAAUAUUUAUAUAUAUCAUCCUAAGGUAAUGUAGAUUCUAGUUCGUUCAAAUCAUGAUCCCCUGGGGGGUAUAAAUUAA